AUGGAGAAGCCAAAACUUGAAAAGAGUAAAAUGUCCGACGCCAUGCAGACGCCACUUGAACGCGCUAUGUUCCAGCGUUCAGAACAUUUAGUCGAGUCGUUUAUGAUCAUUGGAGCCCCCGUAUCUAACACAUUUUUUCCUGAGUCGAACCAGGAACUCCUCUACCAAUUUCCUAAAGCCCCAAGAGUGAACGAACAAGUUGUUCAGUUUUUGAAAAGCCCAACUCCGUUUGAAAGGAUUUCUUUAAAAAAGUAUUUGGAAGAGGAACGAAUGAAACCCGCUGUUUCAAUUCUGCCGGGAAGAGGCUUGUCACAGUUUGCAGUUGCAGUGUCACACCUGGAACCGGUGUGCAUGCACUCCACACUCAUUCAAGGACCUAACGUGUUUCCUUCAACUAUCUCUUCAUUCAAUGCCGUCAGAAGGUUUUACAUCUUCAUUUGCUUACAACCACACGUCCAAGGACUCAUCCAAGCACUUGAGGUGCUCAUAGACAGAGACUUCAAAUACAAGUUGAAGGCGCUUGUCGAGAAGAAAAAGGAGAAAUUGAACGAACUCAAAAGAGAACAAUUGGAGGAGAUUCUGAACUCGUUACUCACCACAAAUUCAAACAACUUGAAAACGGAGAAAUUACAAAUACCGUGUUUGAGCACCGAUUACAAGGGUUACCCCAUCAUUCUUUCUUAUAAAAAAAACAAAGAAGAAGAAGAACAAGUCAGUUUGGAAAUACGGUAUUCGUCAAUUUAUCCCAUUCCCAAUUUGAUGCUGUUGUGCGAUUUCUCUCUUCCAAUCUUGUUUGCGUCACUUCCAGUGAAUUUAAUUUUGGACGUGUUUGAAGCAGUUGUUCUCGAAACAUCGGUCAUAUUCACAUCAACAAAACCAACGAAUUUCACAGCGUGUUGCUUUGGCUUUCUCUCGCUCUUACACCCAUUGAGUUGGCAAGGCGUCUUUUUGCCAUUAGUUCCUCAAAAUCACGUCGAACUGCUAGACGCCCCGGUGCCUGGAAUCUAUGGCACUCAACCUUUAAAGGAGAACCCAUCAACUUCUGGGCUUCUGGUCAACAUCGACAUGUUCACACCUUCCGUAAGUGAAAGGAAGAAACAACAACAUACGUUUUCUUCUCAAUCACUUUUACCGAAGGAACUGCGAGAAUCUUUGCAACAGAACGUCGAGUCGGUUAUUGAAAAGCAGCCGAGAAAGGAAGGUGAAGAGUUUGCAUUCUCAACAAAUAUGAUAAAGGUCUUUUGGCUCUUUUUCUUCAAAAGAGUAUUUAACGAGCUUUUGACCACAAUACCUGUCGACGAUGAUAAUUUCGACCACCUCAAGGAAGGUGUUGAAAAAUCAGAGAAAGACCCACAACUCAAAAACUUUCUUCUUAAACUCAUUAAAACUCAACAUUUCAACGCGUGGUGGUUCUCGCAAUACACUCCAUUCAAACACAAAAUAAGGGAGGCUCUUAGUGCUACCUUCAAGUAA